AUGUACGAGUUCCGCGUGCGCCUGGAGAAUUGCGCCGGGCCCGGCCGGGAGGCGUCUGUAUUGUGCCGCACCAACGGCUUCUGCUCCGAGCCCACCCAGCUCGGCAGCCUUCCAGCUGGCACCACGUUCGUGGACCUGCAGUGGAACCGGCCCAAGACCCUGGGGAACGAGGAUCCAUGGGCAACCCGCGACACCAACGAGGCCAUUUCUCAUUACGAGGCAACGCUCAAAGUCGAGGACGACGACGCGGACCAUCAUGACGACGAGGGCGGCCUUCCAGAGCGGGUGUGCCGCUGGGCACAGGGCUCCUGGCGGGAGGACAAGGCGGGGAAGGUCGUCGUCAGGCUCAGCGCCCUGAGACCAGACACCAAGUACAUGCUGCGCAACCUCUGUGCGGUCAACUCCAUGGGCAAAGGAUCGCUCGCCAAGCCCCUGGGCUUCUGGACGAUUCCGCAGUCCUCCCGCAUGUCGAGCAUCCGCGUCAAGCAGGGUGUCGUGCUGAUCACGCUGGCGCAGCCCUUGCCGUCGUCGAUCCAGAAGUGCUCCGUGUCCGCGUCUUCGACGAGCAGCCCGGAGACGGCGCAGACGCUCGAGGUCGAGCCGCCCUGGACGCCGGGGGAGCUCGCGCUGCCGUUCGACGCCAUGCCCUUCGUUGAGUCGGCAUUCGUUCCCCGAUCUUCGCACUCCUUCCGGCUUCAGACCAGAAACGCUGGGGGGUGGUCCGAGUGGAGCCCACCGUUGGAGACCGAGGGCAUCGCGCGCCAGCAGGGCGCGGACCGCGCGCAGACGCUGCUCGAGACCGCGAUGGGCUCGCGCAAGAUCGACCAGCUGGAGAGCGCGCUGGCCGAGGUCAGCGACAUCGAGUUGCCGGAGGAGACCAUCAGGGAGAACGCCCUGACGCUCCUGCAGACAGGACACCAAGACCGACCUGGCUGUGGCCCUUGA